UAUCUCAAUCUGUACUUCCCGCUGUAUGCUACCGUCCUCGCCACGCCCAUGUUCGCAUUGAGAUGUUCCGGUGGGACUAUCGACCCUGACUUGCAUAAUGACGCCUAUAAAGAUCGAGUUUCCUCUGCUGAGGCCCAGCGUGUAUGAACAUCCAAUCCCCUUUCCCCAGAUUCUAUAGAGCGCCUACCAGAUAAUCAAUUGGUUUACAGCCGUCUACGAAGAUAUAAGAACGUUCCUCAACUUUCCAGCUUCUCCACAAUGGCCCCCUCUGGAAAGCGCAUCGUCUUCACCGGUGGCUCAGGAAAAGCCGGACGCCAUGUCAUCCCGGAACUCAUCAAGAAGGGGCAUUCCGUCCUCAACUGUGAUCUAACCGAUUUUCCUGACCCGGACGCUGGUGUUUUUACUCUCAAGACUGACCUUACGGACAGCGGCCAAAUCUUCAAUGCGCUCACAACCCACUUCAACUUUGCCGGCUAUGAAGGCCCUCAUGUACCUGGUCCACCCGACGCAGUCAUUCACUUUGCCGCCUAUGCACGAAACAUGCUUGUACCUGACAAUGAGUGCUACGCUGGCAACGUCAGGUCAACAUACAACGUCAUCGAAGCAGCAUGCAAACUCGGUGUUAAGAAGAUUAUCAUCGCCAGCAGUGAGACAACAUACGAAGUUUGCUUUGGCCAAGGAGAUCUCGACUAUGCCGCUUUCCCUCUAACCGAAGAUAUGGACGUAAAUCCCAUGGACACAUAUGCCAUCUCAAAACUCUGUGGUGAGCGCGUAGCUCGCGGGUUUGCACGCCGCUUCGACGCCGACAUCUAUGCGCUCCGCAUUGGUAACGUCAUUGAGCCUCACGAGUAUGAGCGUGACUUUCCAAAGUACAUCAAGUCCCCGGAGGUUCGCAAGAGGAAUGCCUGGGCGUACAUUGAUGCUCGUGAUUUGGGCCAGAUAUGCGACUUGUGUGUAUCGAAAGACGGAUUAGGCUUCCAGGUCUUCAACGCGACAAAUGACACUAUUACCGCUACGUUCCCGACGAAACAGUUCCUGGAGCAGUACGCCCCGAAUACACCCAUUACACGGGAGAUGGACGAGUGGGAGGCGCCACUGAGUAACCGCAAGAUCAGAGAUGUUCUCGGAUUCAAGGAGGAACAUAACUGGCGGAAGUACUACAACCCUGAUAAAUAGAAGAAGAUGUGAUCGGCCUAGUAAUACCAUCACGAGGCCACAAGUCACACAAGUAAAAAGCCUUCAAACAAGUCUAAAUAUUGAGACAAUCAAGCUGUUCAUAUUAUUGGAA